AUGGAGCAGCACAAAGACUACGAUGAGCUGAUUUCAGACAUCGAUGAUGAUACUGAUGAGAACCUGUUUCACAUCGGAGACCGCCUGGAUCCCCCGGAGGCUCGUCUAUAUUCAACGCAGCAACUGCACACCUUGAUUCACGAAGGAGUGAUUGACCUUGCGCCACCUUACCAGCGCGAUAUUGUCUGGACCGAACCCAAGCAGAUGAAACUUCUUGACUCAAUCUAUCGCAAUUUUUAUGUUCCUCCAGUAGUGUUCGCGGUGGUAAUCGAAGAUGGAGAACAAGUCAGGAGAUGCGUAGAUGGGAAGCAAAGGUUGACAUCGAUUCAGAAAUUCUUUGAUGGGCAGGUGAGCCACUCCUCAUACUUCGCCUCGAGGCAUAAGGAUCCUAUAACGAAGAAAAGCUGGUGGUACACUCGUGCCGAAUCUCAAAAAGGAUCACGAUUCGAGGUGCCAGAACAGUGGAAACGGGAUUUUGCGUCGAAGCAGAUAACAUGCGUGGAGUACAAGAACCUACCGCGAGGCUUCGAGCGCGACAUCUUCCAACGAGUGCAGCUGGGAAUGCCUCUCACAGCAGCUGAGAAACUGCAAGCCAUCGCGUCUCCCUGGGCAGACUGGAUAUCUGAUCUCGACGCGCAAUUUAUAAGUAACGAUGACGGCCUGACGACCAAGAUCGACGUAGACAUGAAAAGAGGGCGAGACUUCCAGAGCCUUGCACAGCUUGUCUACUGCUGUGAUAACUAUCCGGAGCACUCCACUCCGACUGCACAGAAAAUGGAGCAAUGGGUGUCGCGUGCAGAAGCGCCCUCUCCAGCGUUCAAGACAGCGAUCGGAAACGUGCUGACCAAAUUCUGGUACCUGGCCGAUUCACCGGACUACAACCACGCAUUCAAGAACAUUCACAAGAGAGUGGCACCAAUUGAAUUCGUCUUCAUCGGUGUUCUUCUUUUCGCGCUGCGCGAUCUCGGGGAAAGCAAGUCCGCAGAUCGUGUUCGCGCACAGGAACUGUACAACAUGCGCACGCACAUCCGAAAUCGCUAUGCGGAUGUCCGGUCGCGCAGUGACAUUAUCCGGGCCUUGUGGGAGUUCGUUCAAGAGCUUGUUGAACGCACCGAUGCAGAGGAUGUGCACAAAAAGAGCAAGAAGAAGAAGAGAAAGGAUCAUAUGGAUGUUGACGAGGAUCAUCACAGCUCGGCCAAACGUCCGAAGGGCAAGGCUGCACAAUGGUAG